UCAUUUCUAUCGCUCGUCUUCUGAACCUCCCGUCGUUUCUCACACCCUUGCCACUCAAUCUCUGGGUCACAUCCCGCUUCUAUGGCGUCCGGGUCGAUUGUAUCACCAACGGUGAAGCAUGGGGCUCAUCGUUAUUUGUGUCGGCGUAUACCAUACCCACUCAGCACUGCCAGAUCAAGAAAUCGAAGUUCCGACAAUACGACUGACCAGCGUACAAAGUCUUUUCAAGAUGUCUCUCCCGAGGACAUGGCAGCAAUUGAGCGCGAGCAUCAGCAAAGGAGCCGGAGAUUCCGAUUCUGCUUCUACGAUCGAAAUUCACAGCUACUUGCUAUCACGAUCCCCACAGGUUUGCACGAGGCUCUUCAUGUUAACCUUUACAAUCUUUUUCGGGACCAACUUGUGCGAAGUGGUGACGAGGAAAGCUGGAAAAGUAUGGCGGCUACCACUUUCUGGAUGCCAGACCAUAGCGCGUCAAAUCAUGAGGUCAAAAUCGUUCUGCUCGCCAAAUUCUUCCACCAGACACGCCAUGUUAUCAUCGAAAGAUGGGAGGAAGAGCCGCGAGUUCCUCCUGAAAGUCGGGCUACUAUGUCUCAACCGAUCCCACUUCCAGUUUGCCGAGAGACAAUUGAGAUCACGCAGAAUACGACAACUAGUCCAGUAUAUUGGGAUGUAUCUAGGGAAGCAUUGGUACUAAGAUUCAGGAUUCUUUUUUUACAGGAUCCCAGACCACAGGAGGGGGAUAUUAUUAUCAGUGUUCAGAAACUACAACGGUAUGCGGAGAUCAUCUGGGCGGAGAUACUUUAGUUUGUACGGAGGCUCAGUGACCUGACAGCGGGCCUUUCAAGCGUUGAUCAUGGUCAAAUUGGGCUCACCAGAUGCUCAAAGAUAGAGUCGUUCUCCUUUCUCGCUUGACGCGAUCUGCGGAGGCGGAAAGGGGCAAAAGGAGAAAAGAAGGAGUGAGAAAAUGGUGUAAUGGAGCGGUCCGGUAUCCUUUUGCCCCAGGAGCCCCUUGACACUGCAUGCACCCGUGCCCCGUUGGUCAGGUUCCUUCUGUCGAGUGCCGCUCGGAUG